UCCUAAACAAGAUAUACGGUGUUUCUCGAACCAUUGUCGUCGUAAUUCCAUGGUCCCUCUUCUGUCCCGAUCGUAAUUUCUAGGGUUUGAUUUCGGGGCUACCCGGAACUUCUGCGAUAUACCGGAAAGAAAGAGGAGGGGAAGCAUGUGGCACGAGGCGCGGAGGUCGGAAAGGAAGGUUCAUGACCUCAUGGACGCGGCACGAAAGCGAGCGCAGCGUCGCGCCGUCUACCUCGCCAAGCGUCGGGGCGAUCCACAGCAGUUGCUUCAGGUAGCCGGGACCAGGUGCCGCGUCCACCGCGAUGACGGCUUGUACCAGGCUGCGCAUGACCAGCAGGGACUGAUACCCUGGAACGGGAAACAAGAUAUAUUGAUUGAUAGAUUUGAUGGUCGAGCACUGCUUGAUUUUAUCCGAGAUCAUAGUUCCCGUAAUAGUCGUGUUCAACAUAAAACUGAGGAGGAAGAAGAAGUAGAAGAGUUUGUUAAUUUCGAGCGUUACCGGGAUUUAAUUAAACUUCGGCACAGAGGAUUUUCUGAUGAAGAUGGUUUGCAGCAUGUUCAGCAAGAGUUGGAGGCGAAGCAUACACUUCCAUUUCCGUUUGAGAGACCCCAGGUUGCACAGCCCUCUGUAAGCAAAGGGUUGUACUCACAGGUGGGAUUCUCCUACAAGGGGGAUGCUCAUGAUGAAUCCCAAAAUGUGGACAGUGAAAAUGAGGAUGAAGAUGAUGAAGAUGAGGAGGAGGAGAAAGACUUCAGCAGUGAUGAUAGUAAUGAUGAAAGGAUGGAAACUAUAGCUAAAGAAUUUGGUAUCAAGAGAUAUAACUGGCUUGUUUAUAUGGACAAAAAAGCCAAGGAGGAAGAGAAAAGACAGAAGGAAAUAAUUAAAGGAGAUCCUGCUAUAAGAAAAUUGAGUCGCAAGGAAAGGAGGAAGGCUUCUCAAAUGGAAAGAGAAAAAGAACGGGAAACAGCACGAAUGAUAGGAUGGGCUCCCCAUCAUGAUCCCUACAGGGAAUCACGCAGAAGUCCCACAUAUGAUGCUUAUCCCAGGAGCAAGAGAUCACGAUCCAGAUCCAGGUCCAGGUCAUAUUCCCCUUCACAGUCCAGACGUCAUGAUCGCAGUUCUCAUGGUGAUAAUGGGCAUCGAAGCAAGUCAAAACCUCCUAAGAUUGAAUAUAUCACAGAGUUUGGUGGUUUACAUGACUUGGAUGAUCAAAAAUUUGGAGUUUCCCCACCAUCAUCUCCAUUGCAAGCUGAUCCAAUGAACCGGCCAUCUGGUGGUCGAAUCCUUGAGGCACUUCAUGUUGAUCCUGCAUCUUCUUUGUCUCUUGAGCAAGAAAAGAGUGCUAAAAUGUUGCGACCAUCAAUGACGAUAAGCUCCAAGUCGUCAUCAGCAAUUGCAAAACUCAGCAAAACUCCUAUUGAGGGAUCAUCAAAAACUCAACAGGGCGAGAAAAAGGAAACUCCUCAAGAACGACUCAAAAGGAUAAUGAGUAAACAACUCAAUAAACAAAUUCGAAAAGACAAUGCUGCUGAGAUGGCUAAAAGGCGGGAGCUUGAAAAGCAACGACAGGAAAAGCUGGCUGAAGCAAGCAGGAUAAGCCGUUAUAGUCGUCAUAGUCGUAGUAGAAGUAGAAGUUGCAGCUCUUCUCCACCAAGGCGGCGUCGCUAUAGUAGAAGCCACAGUAGAAGCAGGAGCCCAAGAAGAUACUACUCUCGAUCAGGAUCGCAUUCUCGUUCUCCUUCCCCAAGGUCGAGGAGCCGGACCAGGUACUGAAGCAUUUUCCUGUUUAACUGUUAAAGUUGGGUGGUCUCGGCUGAAAUGGCAACAUAUAUACAUGAACUUCCAUUUUACGAGCUCAUCUGUUGUCACCCAAUGUAGCUCACAAUGUGGCGGAUGGAUCCUUUCAAAUUUGUUGUACAUGGAUAAUUUAUUAAUGUUUACUCAUGUCAGUUUUUCAGCGUCGUUUUAGUAGCAACUUUGCCUUGGUAUCUUUGUAAUUUCAGAAAGGGUUAAUAUAUUUUAUCGUGAUCUUUGUUGAUA